CUGCUGCUCGAGGUGAUUUUCCGCGACCUCCAGCCCCUGUCGGUGGUGAAGGACCGAGGGUUCGGGCUCCUGUUGGGUUACCUAGAGCCCGGCUUCGGGCUCCCGACGCCGGCGCAGCUGGCCGGCGCGCUACGGCGCAAAUACGGCGCGGCCAAGCUGCAGCUGGAGCGCUACGUGCGGGCGGCGCGGAGCUUGGUGCUGUGCGCCGAGCUGUGGGCGGCCCAGCCGGGCCGCGGCUACGUCACCGUCAGCGCCAGCUUCAUCGACGCGCAGUGGAGGCGGGCGCGCUGCGUGCUGGGCACGAGGCCGGGCGAAGACGACGGCGAUUUGGAGGAAGGGCUGCGCGCCGCGCUGGAUGAGUUCGGCCUGGACGGGAGCACGGUGCUGUGCGUGGUGCACGACGGGGAGCGGGGUGCCGGCGGGUGCCGCGCGGGGCCGGGUUGGAGGGUGCUGGGCUGCGCGGCCCGCACGCUGCAGCAGUGCGUGGUAGCGGGGCUGCGGGCGCAGCGGGUGCAGGAGGCGCUGAGCGCGGCGCGAGGCCUGGUGGCUUAUUUCCAGCGGGACGCCGAGGCGGCGGCGGCGCUGGGCGGCAAGCUGGAGGCCAUCCACAAAGGCCGGGGGAUGCUGGUGACGGACGCGGGCUCGAGGUGGCUGAGCACGGCCGAGAUGUGCGAGAGCCUCUUGGAGCUGAAGUGGGCGGUGAUGGCGGUGCUGGAGGAGCGGCCGCGCGGCGCGGGCGGGCUGGCGGAGCGGGAGUGGAAGCUGCUGCAGGAGCUGGUCCCCGUGCUUCGCACCGCCAAGCUGGCCGCCUCCUUCCUGAGCGAGGAGCAGAACGGAUCCGUGUCGGCGCUGCUGCCCUGCGUGCACGGGCUGGCGGCCGCCGUGGGGCGGCAGGCGGAGGAAGCCGGCGCCGCGGUGCGGGAGGCGGUGGGGAACGUGAGAGCGGAGCUGGCGCGGCGCUGGGAGGCGGAGGAGGAGGGCGAGGAGGCUCUGGAAAGCCCGGCCGUCAUCGCCGCUUUCCUCGACCCGCGCUUCAAGGAGCUCAGGUUCCUCAGCCCCGGCCUGAGGAGCGCGCUGCACGCCAGGGUGAAGGACAUGCUGUCGCAGGCCGCGGGCCCGCAGCCCUCCCAGUCUUCCCAGUCCUCCCAGUCCGCCCGCAGCCGGGCGCCGAGCUCGGAGCUCGAGGCGGAGAGCGGGGAAACGGGCGCCAAGGAGCAGAGCGUCUACGACGUCCUGCUGGGGAAGGACCCGACCGAGAGCAUGCCCGAGAUCCACCAGCAGCUGGAGAACUACAUCGUGGAACCGCUCUGCAAGCGCGGCACCGACCCGCUGCGCUGGUGGAAGCAGAACGAGCACCGCUUCCCCGCCGUGGCCCGGCUGGGCCGCCAGUACCUGGCCGUGCCCGCCACCGCCGCUCCGCCGCACCGCGCCUUCGCCGACGGCCAGAGCGCCCUGCAGCACCGCCGCGCCGCGCUGGAACCCGAGCACCUGCACCACAUCCUCUUCCUGCAUCACAACGCCGAGCUGCUGGAGGCCGUGAUGAGGAGCGGGGCCGAAACCAGGAGGGGGAAUCCGCGCUGA